ACUAUAUGAAGAACUGCAGCAAAAAUCCAUCUAUAUAUCCUCUACGGUAGCGUUGUGUCGUGUAACAUCAACAGAAGUAACAGAACCAUGCUUUCCAAUUUCUUCAACCCCAUCUUCCUUUGUAUCCUUAUUAGCCUUUUCAAUUUCCCAACCACCAAAGCACGGGACGCCACCGAUGCUAUUGGCUAUGUGUGUAGUAUAAACAACGAAUCCAGUGCCAACAGCGCCUAUGAAGAGAACCGCCGGAUCCUGCUGUCUUCCUUAUCUUCGAAGGCCACCCACAAGACAUUCUACAACGACACAGUGGUGGGAACAAACUCAUCUGACACUGUAUAUGGCAUGUUCAUGUGCAGGGGCGAUAUCGACCUAGCCUCUGACCUCUGCAUACAGUGCGUGGGGAACGCAACCAACAAACUAUUCUCAGAUUCAGUUUGUUCCUCCUCCAAAGUGGCUGUCACUUGGUACGAUAACUGCAUGGUUCGGUAUUCCAACGUUAGUUUCUUCUCCACAAUGGACACCGAUCCCGGAAUUUCCCUAUCCAACGGGGCUAACAUCUCCUCCGACGCAGAAAUCUUCAAUAAUUUGUUGGCCAACACCAUGAGGAACACUGCAAAUGAAGCAGCGAAUACUAGCAAUAGGUACUCCACAAAGGAAGCAAUUUUAUCUCAAUAUCAGACUCUCUAUUGUCUUGCUCAGUGCACACAAGAUCUGUCAACCCAAAACUGCAGUGACUGUCUUGAAUAUGCCAUAUCGUCUAUUCCAGGCUGCUGUGAUGGAAAGAUGGGAGGGAGAGUUCUGUUUCCCAGUUGUAACAUUAGGUAUGAACUGUACCCUUUCUACAACAACAUCACGGAUGAGGAACCACAAGGACUGGUUCCUGAAACAAAGUAUUCACACACAGAUUCUGAAUAUUCCGAAGAUCCUGGCUAUAUUUUCCACAACUGCUCAACCAACAAAAAGUUGAACGACAAUGGUUUCCAAUCAGACAUCGAGACCCUCUUCUCUGACAUGGCUUCCAACGCCAGCGGUGGCGGUGGCAAUAAAUACAAGAUACAAUCGGGAACAGUGCAAGGACUGUUCACGUGUCGUGGCGACCUUUCUCCUAGGCUGUGUGAGCAAUGCGUCCGAAACGCAACGGAGAAAAUAGCCUCUGACUCCGAGUGUGAUUUAUCUACGGAAGGUGUGAUUUGGUACAACCACUGCUGGCUUCGCUACUCCACUCGCUCCUUAACAUUGGAAACAAGUCCGAGGUUUGUGGAUUUGAAUCUCAGCGACUCCCAUCCCUUGCAAACGUCUGUUGCCAGUAAACUGUCGAAUAAAAUAGCUGCGAUAGCGAACGACACGGGGGACAUUGGUAACAAAUACCAAACUCAAACAUUAGUGUUGAAUGAUAAACAAACGGUGUAUAUUGUUGCUCAAUGCACGUUGGAUCUCUCUAGCACCGAUUGCGGUGGCUGCCUAAAUGAUGUCAUUGGUUCAGCCAUUGUAUGGGCUCGUUUGGGAAGCGUAGGUGGACGAGUUCUGUAUCCUAGCUGUAUUCUACGCUUUGAAAUGUUCAAGUUUUACGAUUUGACUGCCUCUCCACCACCGCCACCGCCAGGAAAUGGUUCAUCACGAACUGUCAUCUUGAUUGUUACCUUCAGCAUUAUUGUAUCAGGGAUACUUUUCAUCUUUGGUUGUUAUUUGAUACGAAAGAAAGUUGGAAAGAAUAAUAAAACUAUUCUCCAAGAAAAUUUUGGACAUGAAAGUUCCGCGAUAGAGUCAUUGCAAUUUAAUUUGGCAAUAAUUGAAGCAACAACCAACAACUUUUCAAAUGAGAACAAGAUUGGCAAAGGUGGAUUUGGAUUAGAAGAGAUAGAAAAGAAAAUAAAUAGUGAUGAUCCAAAUUAA